GGCAGAUGACCCCUAAUACACCCUUCGCCCCAAGAUCAAGCAGAAACGACUGUCCGACAGUGUGUGUGUGUGUGAGAGCGAAGAAAACAACUCACCUGUACGUAGUACACAGCAGUUAAUUGUUUGUGGUGGUGACUGGUGGGAGGAUGCCUGCCCCACGGUGUCUAUCUCUGUAUCUCCUGGCAGCACUCCUGAGUCUCCUCCUCUCCCCGGCCCUCGCCGCCACUAGCUACAGAGCCUCUGGCUGCAACGGAACCUCGAGCAAACCAAAGCUCUACAUCCAGGGGUUUGUGCCGGCAAGGAGCGACGUGUUUACCUCCGAGACCAUCGUCCCGGCUGCCAAUGUUGCAUGUAGAGAGAUCAAUACCAAUGACAGUGUUCUCGGUGACUAUGAACUGGUCAUUGAGUGGUCUGACACUCAGUGUGAUGCGUCGGAGGCAACGUGGCAGCUAAUCCAGGUGGUACUGGAAGACAACGGGACCCAGCCUGACCCUCGUAUCAUGUUCCUCGGGGGUGGCUGCUCCCCGGCCACGGAACCGCUCGCUGCUCUCUCCGGCCGAUUCUACAACGUCACUCAG